UAGGAACAUGCUGAAAAUGUUCAGGAAAUAAUAGAAUUGCAUAGGCAUAGAAUUGAUGGGCAGGUAUUACACUGUAGCAACGGAAUAAUAUUUCAAAUUUAAAAAAAAAUUCUUGCGUAUCAAACGCGGAAUUAUAUUUUCGACCGUUGAGGUCGAUUUCGGAAUAAUGUUUCCGGAAACAUUAUUCCACCCGGAGGGGUGGAAAUAUGUUUCUGGAAUUAUUUUUUGGACCGUUAGGGCACGGUCGCGUUUCGCGUUUUGCCUCCUCUCCUCCGCAGUGCUCUUCGUCCUUAUCGCUGCUCUUCCCUCACUCGCCUCUCGCAGCAGCAGCCCUCUUCGUCCUCACGCAACGCUCUUCGUCCUCACGCGCCGUGAAGCCGCAGCCUUCUUCCUAUUGCCACAAGCUUCCCCACUCGAAGGAUUCCCUCAUCAGCUCAUGAAUAAGGUACGCUCCUCUUAACACAAGUGAAUUGCUAGAAACAAUUGCAAGACAAAGGAUUGAUACAUAUUACAUUCUCUGGUUUACCAAAAGGGUCCCUUUGACGGUAUAUGUAGGGGAACAUGGAGAAACCGUCACUGAUUCCUCAAAAAAUUGUGAUACUGGACACAGCCUCUAAAAUAGCCCAAGGGUGGGUGAAGAGCAUGAGUGGAGGAGCAGAUGAGGAUAAACCUUGUGAAGAGGAAAUGAAGGGUCGACCAUCAAGGUUGGGUUUGGGAGCAAAGUUUGUUCCCCACUCAAAAGUAGCAGCAUCCUGUAACCCAGUUGAGCGAAAAUUACAAAAGAAGUUGGAGUCUGAGAAGAAACGAGUUGACGAGUUGGAAGAAUCUAAUGUUGUUGAUGAAAGCGAAGAAGAUGACUUAGAUAGCAGAGCAAAUGUGUUUGCCAAGAGGCGGUCGCCAUUUUCAAUGUCCAAUAUGGAAUCUAAGUUGGUGCAUAAGUCAGGCAAGAGGAAGCGAACCAAUUGAGCUAUUUGCGAAGCUUUAGAUGCCUCAAGUUAGUUGAAGGCCAAGGAUAGUGAAAAACUAACUAGCGGUCUUGCCAUUGGUACGGUUUUGUAUCGUCCCUUGCCCAUGAGAUUGGCAAGAAAGCCAUACAUACAAGGAGGGAUCCGAAACGGCCCUUGUAGAUGGAGUAAUGCGUAUCAGUGAUACAGAUGGCCGGAAAAAUCAGUAGUGCAUAUGAGAUCUCAUUCUUGUGAAAUCAAACGUGUAAUAACUUUAAAAUAAGUGGAAUCUGCAUUAUCUUCUCUA